UAACCAGUCUUGUUCAGUACAUGACAACACAUCCGGGUAUCUCAAGCACCCCGGUAAAACACAAGAGUUGCAGUAAUGAACAUUUACCAACAGAUGGCAUCACUGUGCCAUCUUCCACCCAUAACAGAGGCGUGCCUAAACGGUCACUUUUCCAACAGUGUGUUGAAGUGGCUGACAGCGAGCAGACUAGUAGCAUGCCCCGUUAAUGAGGCAGCUGGAGUUGUAUAGUAUUUCUCCGACCCAGACAAAAAGAUGAUAGUGAAGUUUAUCUGUGCGGUUGUUACCCGGUCGCUAUUCCUCCUCAUCUCUCUGAUAGGAGUAUGGAGGGUGGUCUGGGUUAAGAAUAAUGCUCUUUAUUGGUUCUUGACGAUCCUUUAUCUUCCGCUGGUGGUCGAGAUGAUUUUAACCCUGAAGAGAAAAAAAUUACAGGAUUAUAAAUGGUUUUCUCCUGCCAUCUUCCUGUUCCUCAUCAGUAUCAUUCCAUCUCUAUGGAUUCUAGAGUUACAUCAUCAACAGAACAAAGCUACUGAUUCCAGGUGUGACAAACUGGAUUCAUCUGAAAACAUAAAGAGCCUGUUAAACAUGUGGAGAGGGAAUUCCACCAAUGGCAGCGAGACGUUACUCCAGGGUUCAGUAUCUCUGUUGUCGUCAGUGUGCGCUAACGACUGGAUCCUGGCCCUGCACCAGACCCUGUUGAUCCUGCUGGUCAUAGGGAAGUGGCUGCUCCCUGUUGCAGGAGGGGUGACCAGGGAUGAACUGUCUCAGCUCCUCCUCCUCUUUGUAGGCACUGCCGCUGACAUCCUGGAGUUCACCUCAGAGACACUGUUGGAUGUCAACAGGAGCAGCAGCAGCUACAUCUGCACGGAGCUGUCAGUCUGCACGGAGCUGUCAGCUUUAUUACUGCCACUUUUAGUGAGUUUGGUACACAUCCGACCUGAUGAAUAUUCAGAGGGGGACCAGGGUGUGUCUCUGCUGGCCAGACUAAGGACAGAUAUCUGGAGCAUGGUGGAGAGCCUCUUCGUCCAGGACGGACCCUUCCUGGUGGUCCGCCUCACCCUCAUCCUCUACUUCCACGUCAUACACCAGAUGCUCAUCUUCUUCGCCAUCAAGAACUUCCUGGUGGUCAUUCUGAACUUCUACCGUCUGUUUGCCAUCUAUUGCGACUACAAGGCUUCAGGUUGAUCUGGGGUUAUUGUCACAACUUCCUCCGAAGUCGGUCCCUCUCCUUGUUCGGGCGACGUUCGGCGGUCGACGUCACCGGUCUUCUAGCCAUCGCCGAUCCACCUUUCAUUUUCCAUUUGUUUUUUGUCUUGUCUUUCCACACACCUGGUUCCAAUUCCAUUCAUUACAUGUUGUUUAUUUAACCCCAUGUCCUUGUCCGGAAUUAUGUUUGUAAGUGCUUGUGCACGUUAUGCCGGUGUGCGACGGGUUUUUGUACCAUUUAUUGAUUGUUCUGUUUUCCGGUGGUUUUUAUGAUUAAACUGCGCCGUUGGAAACACUG